AUGGCGUGCAACAACCUUUCCGAGCUUUGUGAGCUGAGAUUCAACCAAGUCAGCUUUGUUGGUACUCAUAAUUCUGGGUCUGGCUUUGAUGGUCGUCUACGAAGAUGUGACGGUGAAAUGGUAGGUAGUUGCAUAUGGCGGAACCAAGACCUGAACAUUACUGCACAAUUGAACUUGGGAGUUCGAUUCCUUGAAAUUGAUUUAUGUCUGUUACAAGAAGACUGUAAUUCUACUGUAUACGGUGAUACAGGAAACUCGUCUCUAUUCACAUGCUAUGCAAGGCACAAUGUCUUUUCAUAUGCCGGUCCUGUUGUAAGACUUUUCCAGCAAGUAAACGACUGGAUGAUUUGCAACCCACAAGAAGUAAUUGGACUUUACUUUCCAAAUGAAGCUCCUGAUGGACAAAAAACAGAGAUUAUCUCGGAGCUAAAAAUUAUUCUUGAAAGAAUGUGGUUUCAUAGUAACAAAAACACGUCUGGUGACUCGUCGGUGUACAUGAGUACACACUAUAACACUCAAGGAGAGUGGCCAACCCUUUCUCAAGCAAUAUCGUCAAAUGAACGAAUUUUUGUUUUUAUAGAUUCCAACUUGACGAGUGGUGAACAUACAUCAGGCAUGCUCUGGAAUCAUCCCUCCAUUUUCUCAACUUACAUGAAACCUAAUCAAGAUAAUAAUGAAUGUAAAGAUCGUCUUCUCGACUUGGCUGAUCGUUGCAAUGCAACUGAAGAUAUUUUGAUAGAAGCUGGAGUUACUCUUGGUAUUUGCAUUUUCACAGGUCAGGAUAACUGUAAUGUUAUUCUUCCAAAUGCCACAUUGAAAUGCUACAACCGACGAAUUGGGAAAACAGUUAAUGUUGUCGCAGUUGACUUUCCUGAACUAGGCACUUCAACUGUUUUUGAUGUUGUGGCUUUGCUGAACCAAAACAACAUUGAUAUGUACGGAUCCUCACCAGUAACUGCUACAACUUCUUUAGAAACAAUGACUUCCUCUGCUGCUUUCAACAUAUUAUCGUUUGGAUUGAUGAGCAUUAUCUGUUUAGUGUUUGGUUUUCUUUUCUAUUUGUAA